UUUAUUCUUUUUCUUUCUGCCCUUUCCUGGUUUGUUCCUCCCUGCCUCCAGCGUCACCAGGGUUAUAUAAACCACUCACCUGCGCAUACAGCUUUGUCACUGGAGACGCACCCCACUGAGGACAGCCAAGAUGAAAGUCGACAACUUAGGAUUCGUGGAGGGGAAUGAGUUGAAGGUUCGCGUCAAGCCUUGUGACGACUGCAACUCCUUUUCUGUCAACAUCGGUCACGAUUCGGAGAACAUCGCAAUGCACUUCAACCCUCGAUUCGAAAGUUGCGGUGACGUCAACACCAUCGUCUUCAACUCCAAGUCUGGGGGUUGCUGGGGUGACGAGCACAGGGAGGGAAAUUUCCCCUUUGCACGUGGGGAGGAAUGCAAGUUUUACAUCAACUUCAACAAUGAGCAGUUUUACAUCAAACUUCCUGAUGGCUCCAUGGUGAACUUCCCCAACCGACUCGCAGAUGUCAAGUACGACUACUUUGAAAUCUGCGGCAAUGCAAAGUGCACGGGUGUCAAGAUGAAUUAGAGGUCCAACUCAUUUUAAACCUCUGAUCUUGAUUUGUUUUACACGUCUGAGCCCAGGCCUGCUUUUGUUUGUUUCUGUCCUCCUGCCGAGACAAAUGGAAAAGUAGCACUAGAAACGUUUAUCAGUGUGUAGCGUUGAUGUUGCAAUAAGAGGAAUUGGCCUAAAGAGGGAGCCACAGGACAUCUUAUGUUAUUGUGCUGAGUUGAUAUCUCAUCAGUCAUGGGGUUUGUUUACACAUGAUGGGGAAAAAGUGUGCUCGCCGACUGUGUUCUUUAGCUCUAUAUGGAACAUUCAUGAAACAUAUUGAAAAACAAAAAAUAAAUCAAUCUUAAGACUGUG